AUGGGUAAGAAGGCAUUCGCCAAGAAAACCAAACCCAGCCGCCGAGAAACCCCGGAGGCACGACCACAGCCAACCCCACCAGCACCUGUCGCUCAGCCAUCGCCCAUGGUUUCCUUGGAUGCCAUGAUGGCAUUUCUUCGCCAACAGGACCCAACUAGGGACUGGACGACGGCUCUGACCAGUUUCGGCCAAACGGGGGACGUCGGAACCACAUCCAGCGAAGCUCCGCCUGCGCCGGUCAGUCAAGCAGCAGUUUCAGUACCGGAUUCGGCAGAACUAGACGCUAUCGCCGCACAUUACGACUUCGACUCUGAGGAGCGUAAGAAAAAGUCGAGUCCAGGCAAGACAACUCCGGAGGGGAGCGAAGGAACAGAGAAAACACCCGAAGCGGAACCGGACACAGGAACAGAGACAGCGGAGCCAGAAGUAGAAGCACCCACCCCUGUGGCACCUCAGGUUGUAAAGCCGAUUCCGGUCAGGCGAAAACUGGUGGUGAAAGCAGACCCCAAGGCAGACUCGCCCAAGCCGCAGAGGGUAUCGCAACGUUGUUUGGGUAAGUGGGCCUCCAGCAGGGCAAAACCGAACACGGCGGAGGACCCCAUAGAGAUCGCAAGCGAGGAAGAGCGAGCCACUCCGAAAGAGGCUGAAGGUGAACCUGUUCAAGCUACUGAUCAAGAAGACACAGGGGUGUCUCCAGUACAGAACGAACCGGGCACGAAAAUGGAAGGAAUGGCUGGGGGACCGAACCUCACAUCAGAGUCAGGAAGGUCUGCUGGAUCUGAGAAGGACGAGGCCUUACUCCAAGCUGAGGAGGAAGCCAGGUAA